AUGCCACGACAACUCUGGCCGACUUUGAAGGCAGAGCGAAAUGGCCAAUAUGGAGUCGUCCUUCCUCCAGCGACUCUUCCUCUUAACCCCCUCUUUGACGGUAGCAUUGGAAAAACGGAGUCGACAGGAGAAUCAGACAGACAACAAGAGGACGAUGAGAUGCUCCAAAACGAACGCAUCCUCCGGAAGCUCCUUGCGACAGACCGACGAUGUUUCGUCACGGGCCAACCUGGUGACUGGCUGCAAGGUGCCCAUCUCAUAAACACGCUACGAUCUGUCCCGCAUGGGCACACCAAAGAAUAUGUGAAGAAUGUAAAGGAGUCUGAAUCCAUUGAAGCCCAACUCGAGUUCAAUCGACAAGCGAACUUCAGCCUCGACGCGAGAUGCAACCUUAUGCUGCUUUCGACUGAGUGGCACACUGGCCUCGCAUACGGUUCUUUUGCGAUUAUUCCUACUGCGGAAGUUAUUGACCAGAUAACCGACAAGCUAUGGCAAUGCAAUAAAGAUUGGGGUUUUCGUUACGCCCAAGAUUCUGGUGCCAAAAGGAACCUACCCUACGGAGAAUUCCCGCUUGACAUUUCUCAAUUAAAAUGGCGCGUCCUUAUCAUCCACUCCCGUGGCCCGUGUCCAAGCGGUCGAGCAGUCCAAGCGAUACCCCCAUCUGAACGCCAUCUCGAGCCCACAGGGCAGGUCAACACUUGGCGCAAUUACGCUGUUGGUGCUGCUGAAUACAUGCCAGUUCUUUGCGAAUCCGGCUCCAACAAGCCCCUCGAACUCUGUCUCAAAACCAAACGCGAAGACUAUGACCAACUUUCCCUGUUUGCCGUCCUCGUCAACGCAGCAUCGAAAGUGAAAGCGUUCAUGUCUUCCACUCGUCAGCGUCCUGGAGAUACAAUGUCACACCGUACUUGCCUCCGAGGCUUGGACGUUACCUUUGAUACUUUGCUGGAGGCUAUUUACUUUGCCCCUCAUCCAGACCUCCAUAACGAUGUCAAAUUGGCGCUUGAUCCUUCGAUGAUCAUAACACCUGCCCAAACAAAGCCCACAACCACAUUGCCCAUUCCCGAUCGCGAUGCUGAGCGCACAGAGUCUGACAUCAACUCGCCGCCGAUGCAGCCUGAACCAAACGUGGUGCCAGGGAUCACUCCAUCCGAGUAUGAGUUAUUGCUCAGAGAAGCACAUCAUCCUACCAACAAGAUUCAGAUGUCACGGCGGGAGCUUUUUGGUCUCCUUCUGUACGGAGCACCAGGUCAUGCCCAGCACGUAGAACCUCCUCCGAACCCGCUUAUUGAUAAUACCUAA